AUGGAAAACUGGGGUGACAUCGAAAAGAAAGAGCUGAAGAAGUGUAAUCCAGGUGAGGCGUUUGAGGUCAUCUUGAGCCCUUCAACUCCCGACGCCAAGUUGGACUUUCCACUGAGCCUUCUUAAAAGGAAGGAAACGUCAAUGGUUGAUAUUAAGAAGAAACUGGAGGCUGCUGAAGAGAGUUGCAAGAGCUACGAGGCUGAAGUGCUGAAACACUUGGCUGAGAAACGAGACUAUGGGAAGGACCUCAUCCAGAAGGCCAUCGAGGAAAACUGCAACUUUAGCAAGAUGAUGAGAGAGAAACUGAAUCAGCAGAUGGGGGCAUAUCAUGAGAACUGCAACGCAUGGCUGAUAGCUCUUCUGGAGAAGUUCAAGAAAAAGAACAAGAAGCUGGAAGAAGUGAGGAAGGACAAGCAGACGCAGAAAAGACUAUUCCUUUGA